AUGGUCGGCAAACGCGUUCAGGUGGCCAAGCUGGCCAUCAAGAGCGAAAGACCGGACCUGAUUGUUCAGGUGGUGCCGCCUGACAGCGCAGUGACGAUGGAGUUCCGCGAUGACAGGGUUCGUCUGUACGCCGACUACCAGGCCAUUGUGACCAAGGUUCCCAUCAUUGGCUAG